AAAUUGUUAUUAUUUUUAAAAAUCUAUUUUUUUGGUCUGGCUACCCACUAGUCCAGUUAAUUGUUUGAGGCCAAGCAUGGUGGCUCACACCUGUAAUCCCAGCACUUUGGGAGGCCAAGGUGGGUGGAUCACUUGAAGUCAGGAGUUCGAGACCAGCCUGGCCAACAUGGCGAAACCCCGUCUCUACUAAAAACACAAAAUUAGCCAGGCAUGGUGGCUCACACCCUGCAGUCCCAGUCACUUGAGAAGCUGAGACAUGAGAGUCACUUGAACCCAGGCAGCAGAGGUUGCAGUGAGCUGAGAUCACGCCACCACACUCUAGCCUGGGUGACAAGAGUGAAACUCCAUCUCAAAAAAAUAAAAUAAUUAGGCAUUUGCCACUUCCAAAAGAAAAAUCCAUUUUUAAAUGUAUAUGCUAACUCCCCUAUUCUUUCUUCUUUUGUGUUUUAUAGAUAUAUUAUUCUUUCUGUUCUUACUGUUUUUGUUUCUUAUUUCACUGAUUUCUGUGAAUUCACAAAUUCGUGAAAGAAGACCUGGUUCUAUGUUGUGUAUGUGUGUGUUCCUCUUCUGACCUCUUGAGUUGGACAGUUCAGUCAUUUAUCUGAGAGUUAACAGGUCAAGACUCUGAUCUUAAAGGAAAACAUUAAGACAACAGAUAAACAUCCUGGUAGAGGACCCUGGCCCCAAGGUGGUCUCCAGUCUCCUGUUUAUGAUUAGAGGAUUAGGGCUGGGAGCGCUGGGAAUACGUGUGGUUAGGGGAAAUAAACAGAGGGUUUUCUGACACUUCCCAAUCUAUAAAUUAUAAUGCCACCUUCACAGGUGAGGCAGAGCUUUGGGGAGAUUAGGUGAUAGUUCUUCGUGUGUCAGAGAGACAGGCUUGCUCUGUCACCCAGGCUGGAGUGCAAUGGUGUGAUCUCGGUUUACUGCAACCUCUGCCUCCUAGGUUCAAGCAAUUCUCCUGCCUCAGUCUCUUAAGUAGCUGGGAUUGCAGGCAUGCACCACCACACCCGGCUAAUUUUGGUAUUUUUAGUAGAGACAGGGAUUCACCAUGUUGGUCAGGCUGGUCUCUAACUCCUGACCUCGUGCUCUGCCACCUCGGCCUCCCAAAGUGCUGGAAUUAUAGGCGUGAGCCACCACACCUGGCCAGGUUACAGUUUUUUAUCCAAGAUUUCAGAGGGGAGAAGUUAAUCAUGAGAGAGAGAGAGAGAAAAGAGAGGAGAGAGAAUCCAAAGACAAGUCAGACACUGGAGGUGGGAUGAGAGACAGGACUGGGUGUUAUGGGCAGAGGAGGUGAGGUCACUGAGGUCAGGAGAGAAGCCAAAAUAGACAAAGAAAGAUGACAACUCACAGCUCAGGAGAGGCAGGGAAUCGGGUCAGGACAGGGAUCAGGAGCAGUAUCUUGAGUGGAAGAGGGCUGGGAACUGACAUUCAUUCAUUCAUUCAUUCAUUUAUGUAUAUACGUAUGUACGUUUUGAGAUAGGGUCUCACUCUGUUGCCCAGGCUGGAGUGCAGUGGUAGGAUCACAGCUCACUGCAGUCUUCACCUUUUGGACUCAAGUGAUCCUCCUGCCUCAGCCUCCUGAGUAGCUGGGAAUCCAGGCACAUGCCACCACACCUUGCUAAGUUUUUGUAUUUUUGGUAGAGAUGGGAUCUUGUCAUGUUGCCCAGGCUGGCAUCAAACUCCCAGGCUCAAGCGAUCCUCAACUGUGGCCUCCUAAAGUGCUAGGAUUACAGGCAGGAGCCACUCACUGCACCUGGCCUAUUUAAGACCGGAUCUCACUGUCACCCAGGCUGGAGUGCAGUGAUGUGACCAUAGCUCACUGCAGCCUCAACCUCCUGGGCUAAAGUGGUCCUCCCGCCUCAGCCUCCUGAGUAGCUGGGACUGCACGUGCGCUCCAGCACACCCAGGUAGAUUUUGUAUUAUUUUUUGUAGAGACAGGAUCUCGCCAUGUUGCCCAGACUACAUCUACUUAUUAAGCAUUUAGCAUGUAUCAAUUUUAGUGAUUUGCAUUGUUCUAGAAAAUCACAUUCAUCUAAGUUUUGGAAUUUUUUGUAGGGAAUUUCUGCAAAAUGAUAUCUUGACUCUCCAUUCUUCCUUCAUCUAUGGGCCUUUUCUCUUGUCAUUUCUUAUUCAGGGCAGCCCAAAGGUUAUCCAUUUUUAUUAGCCCGAGUCAUAUGAAACCCUGUUGUCUUGGUCAAAAAGUCGAAUCGUGGCCAUUUCAUGUGAUUCAACCUAAUGUUAUUUGCCAGGCGUUUUGCACCUGUGAUCUCAUUUAACACCCACAAAGGCCAUAUGAGGCAGGACAAUUGUCACCACUUCCUAGGCGAGGUGUCUGAAGCUCAGAGAGGUUAACUAACUUGUCUCAGAACACCUGAUACAUAAUAGGGUAGAGAUAUAAAUGCAGAUUCUUUUGAGGUUCUUUCUGCUUCGUCCUGGCAAUUGCUGCUGAGAGCCUCAGGAAACAUCACACCUGUGACAAGCUUAGAAAGGCCCCCUCUGCAGGGGAUCUUUACAUCCAGGCCAGGAGAGGAGGUUUGCAGGGGCCUCUGGGAGAGGCACUGGGGAGUUUGUCAUCAUCUUUGGGCAGCCAUGGGUUGGGUGUGGAGCCGAUGGGGUCAAGGACGAGGGGUCAUAAAGUUUCUAUGAAAGGCACCUGUAGACACUGAAGGGAUGAGAAGGAGACCCCUACCCCCUGGGGCUUCCAUUUCAGUGCUCCCAAAGUCUCAUGUGAAGAGAUUUAACCAUUUGAAACAGUAAGUGAAAUUAAAGAGUUCUGGCCAGUUGCAGUAGCUCACACCUGUAAUCCCAGCACUUUGGGAGGCCAAGGCAAGCAGAUCACCUGAGGUCAGGAGUUCACAACCAGCCUGGACAACGUGGUGAAACCCCAUCUCUACUAAAAAUACAAAAAUUAGAUGGAUAUGGUGAACACCUGUAAUCCUAGUUACUUGGGAGGCUGAGGCAGGAGAAUCGCUUGAACCCAGGAGGCGGAGGUUGCAGUGAGCUGAGAUCCUGCCACUGCACUCUGGCCUGGGCGACAGAGAGAGACUCCAUCUCAAAAAUAAAAUAAAAGUUCUGACCAGAGGAAAGGAGAGCAAGCCUGCCUUUCACCAUCCCGAGCCAAAAUGGGGCCCGAUCACAGAACUGCCCAUCUCCCUGGGGGAGGGGCCAUGUGUCCUCUGCUUGGUGGCAGACACUAGCUUCCAGCCAUCACCUUACUUUCCCUACUUUUCAUCUGAGAAUUAUUUGGGAAAAUGGCAGACCCAAUUUUCAAGGAAUCUCAUUUAUUUCCGAGAUUUAAGUCUAGAAGAGCUGGGCAAAAUAAGGUAAGACACAGGACGAAUGAAAGUUUUUGUCAGUGAGCCUUCUGCAUUUGUGACUUUUUUUUGAGAUGGUGUCUCACUGUCACUCAGGCUAGAGUGCAGUGGUGCCAUUGCAGCUCAAUGUAACCUCAGCCUCCAGGGUUGAAGCAAUUCUCGCGCCUCAGCUUCCCAGUAGCUACAAUUACUGGCAUGCGCUGGCAUGCCGGCUAAUUUUUUUAUUCUUAGUUGAGACGGGUUUCACCAUGUUGGCCAGGCUGGUCUCGAACUCCUCUCCUCAAGUGAUCCACCUGCCUUAGCCUCCCAAAGUGCUGGGAUUACAGGCAUGAGCCACUGUACCUGGCCAGUAUUCUUGUCAAAAUGGCUUGACAACCCUAUUGCUGUCCAGGUUUGUCCCCCUGGUGGGACCAGAUUGGUAUGUGGGCUGGUCUUCCUCUCACUGGGGUGCCCAGGGCUGGGGUGGCCCUCCCAGAAAAGCAGGUAAUUAGGGAUAAGUUCUCAUGGUCCUGGCAGGUUUGGAAGUAGGAGGCCACUGUGGGUGAGAGGGGUGGGAAGGAGGCAGGGGGCUGGAGAAAGGGGCUGCUGUGAGCAAAAUCUCAGGGGUCGCAGAGAGAAAAGAGGAUGCUCAAGGUAUGAUCUGGCUGAUGGGGCUGAUAUGAGGUGAAGGAGUCAGGGACUGAGGGCUGGGUGCUGAGGGGGAGUUGGGGAAUCUUUGGAGGAGGUAACCCCAGGGCACCCAGCCUCAGUCCUUCCAGUCUCUAUGGAAGCCUCUGCCCCAUUCCCACCUGUGCAUGGAGGGAGCCUCUCACCCACAGUCCCCACUCCUGAGUGGACAAGGCCUGCCUGCCUGCCGCUGCCUCCUCCACACCCAUGCGGCCCAGGGCUCCCAUGGCCAGGCACGUCUGAGGAGGAGCCGGGACUCGGGCUUGUGUUUUCCAGGCUGUUUUGCUCUGAGUGGCCCCCACACUGUGGCAGGUCCCCUGGGGGGAUCGCUGAGCGUGCAGUGUGGGUAUGAGGAGGAACACAGGACUCUCAAUAAAUACUGGUGCAGAGCACCGUGGACUAUCCGAUGUACCAAGAUUGUGGAGACCAGAGGGUCAGCAGAAAAAGUGGGGAACAGCCGAGUGUCCAUCAAGGACCAUCCUGCAAACCUCAGCUUCACAGUGACCCUGGAGAAUCUUACAGAGGACGACGCAGGCACAUACUGGUGUGGGGUGGAUACACCAUUGCUCCAAGACCUUCGUGAUCCCUUCAUUAAGGUUGAGGUGUCCGUGUUCCCAGCAUCAACGUCAGUGACACCUACUAGUGUCACUGCAGCCAGGAUCUCAACAAUCACAACUGCAUUUCCCCCUGUGCCAUCCACUACCCUGUUGACAGUGAGUGCCACCCACAGUACCAGCAUCCAGGGGGACAAUGAGGAGGUCGUGAACUUACAGCUCCCGCUGCUCCUCUCCCUGUUGGCGUUGUUGCUGAUUCUGUUGGUGGGGGCCUCCCUGCUAGUAUGGAGGAUGUUUCAGAAAUGGGUCAAAGCUGGUGAACAUUCAGAGCUGUCCCAGAACCACAGGCAGGCUGCCGAGGAGAGUGAGCAGCACUACGCGAAUCUGGAGCUGCUGACGUGGCCUCUGCAGGAAGAGCCAACACCACCAACGCAGGUGGAAGUGGAAUACAGCACCGUGGCUGCCCCCAGGGAAGAACUUCACUAUGCUUCAGUGGUGUUUGACUCCCGGACUCAGAAUUCUGAGGCCAACAGGAUAGCUGCUCAGAGGCCCAGGGAGGAGGAACCAGAUUCAAAUUACAGUGUGAUAAGGAAGACAUAGGCCUGCCUCACUGUCUGCCCCAGGAAGCCCAGGGACGGCUCCCUUAUCCCUGGCCCACGUCCUCCUCAGCCUGCCCUCAAUGACAGUGACCAACAGACAAGCAGCUGGGUUCCCCAGGCCAUCCCUCUGGUGCCAUCAGGUUGGCUGGCUUCCCUGAGGGCCGGCAGAGCUGGGGGUUCUGGGGAGCAGUAGGAAGCGCUCCCAGCCACCAGUACCUGUUGCCUCUUUCCCCUUUGUCCCAGCUUCAUCCUGGCUUCGUGUGUGGAGGACAAAGCUCCUUCCCGUGUGGCUCCAGGAAAAGAUGUGGCUCACAUAGGUGGCACCUGCCAAGAGCUUUGUCAAUUACAGCCCCAUAGGAACGUCUGGAAUUGCUUGGGAGUUGGGGAGAACUGGCAAGAAGAGCCAAAGCAGCAGUCUUUUCACAUGGGACCAUGGUGGGGGGACCCCGGGCGGAGUCCACUAAUGAUCAAGUCCCUCCCCAUCUCAUAGACAAGGAAACCGAGGCCAUGGGGAGAGGAUUGCUCGUGGCUCCAGAACCAGUGGCAAGUUUCUCGGGACUCUUAGGUUUAUUUUUAACAUGAGAUAUAAAAACAGUUUCAAAUAUCUUCUUAAGGGAGAAGUAAAAAGUUAUUUAAACAAUG